AUGCAAAUUGGAAUUUCCACAAUUGGAUUUAUCCCAGCAGUGAUUCUUAUUGCUAUUGGGCUUGCGGGCGUUCAAGCUGCCGCACAACCCUUUAUUGGUAACAUAUUUAACUCUUCUUUUGCGAAAGAGCAACUACCAAAAACAACGAGGAAGUCUCUGACAGAAUAUCUAGCGGACCAGUAUACUGAGACAAAAAUGCGGAUUAGGGUGAACAAACGCGGCGAAAGGGUGGUGGAAGAUUUGGCAAUGACCAUUCAAUACAUAUAUAAUGUAAAUUAUUGGAUGGUCAACUUAGGUUCGCUCGGGAGUAUUGCCACAACGCUUAUGGAGAAAUACAUUGGCUACUGGUCGGCAUACUUGCUAGAUGUCUGUGCCGUGGUUCUCUGUGUGAUUAUCAUCCAAUUGGCGCGACCGAAGUUUGUUCAUCCUCCUGUUCAUGGAGCGGUCCUCCCUCGCACAGCUCGUUGUUCAUGGUAUGCUGUGCAAAGUAGAUUUGACCUCGACGCAGCCUUGCCAGAAAGCCAGCUUCGAACACACAAUAGGGUCGUUCCAUGGGACAAGGAGUUCAUUAAUGAGUUGCGAGAUGCUCUAUCCGCUUUUAAGAUCUGCGUUGGAUGGCCUAUCUUCUGGGUUUGUAUGGGUGAAGGCGCCCAAGUCUCUAUAUCCCAAGCUGGCCAGAUGGAAACUCACGGAGUCCCUAAUGAUCUUAUCAAAUCCUCAAACCCUAUUGCGUAUAUGAUCAUUGGUGUAAUGAUCCGAUUCAGCCCAAUUAAUCGGAUCUCCCUUGGAUUUGCUAUCAUGUCCGUGGCCAUGGCUUAUGCGGCUGUCGUGCAGGCACUUAUCUACAAGGCGGGCCCUUGCUAUACAUAUCCUCUCGCGUGCGUUGCGUCACAAGGCGGGAAGAUCCCUAACUACGUCCAUGUGCUAGUACAGCUACCAGUAUAUAUUAUCAUUGCGCUUGCGGAGGUGUUCUGCUGGCCUACUGGUUCCGAAUACACCUACUCCCACUCCCCCGAUAGUAUGAAAUCAAUCCUGCAGGCCUGCUACACUGGAACGGCUGGUCUGGGGUACUUGCUCCGAAUGGCGUUAACGCCUCUCACCAAAGAUCCUUUGCUCAUCGUGCUCUGGUCAGUUGUAGCAGGGAUGAUGUUUAUAACAACAUGCUGGUUUCGAAUUGCGUUUCAACACUACUGA